AUGGCUUUGUCCAUUUCUCAGGUGUUCUUCGAACAUCAUCGCACUGCUCUGGGCAUCGGAGAGUCGAGUCCCCGGGUCUCCUGGAGGUUCCAAGGAAACGUGUCGGAUUGGGAGCAAACCGCCUAUAACCUCGAGAUCCAACGAGCGGGACAAGCCCCCGAUAUCUUUUCUGUCAAUUCCUCCGACUCGGUGCUUGUCCCUUGGCCCAGCUCCCCGCUGACAGCUGGGGAGGAGGCCACGGUUCGCGUGCAAUCAAUCGGGCGUCCGGGUCAGCCCAAUACCCCCUGGUCUGAUGCGGUUACAGUGGAGCCAGGAUUAUUGAGCCCGGAGGACUGGCACGGCGCCGCCGCCAUCGCGUCGGACCGACCGACCGAGGUCAACCAGACCCAUCGACCCAUCUACUUUCGCAAGGACUUCCGGCUCGACGAGUCCCACGCUUCUGCGCGACUUUAUAUCACCGCACUGGGGCUGUAUGAAGCACACAUAAACGGGCAUCGUGUCGGAGAUCAUGUCCUGGCCCCCGGGUGGCAGUCCUUUCCCUAUCGUCAUGAGUACAAUACCUACGAUGUGACGGACCUGUUGCAGUCAGGGGCCAACACCAUCGGCGUCACCGUGGGCGAGGGCUGGUAUUCGGGUCGUCUAGGGUUUGGAGGAGGACGGCGCAAUAUCUAUGGGGACACCCUUGGCUUGCUCAGCUUGCUCGUCAUCACGCAGCCAGACGGUACCAAGACAUACAUCCCCACCGAUAACACCUGGCAGUCGGGCACAGGCCCCAUCAUCACCUCCGAAAUCUAUGAUGGCGAGAGGUACGACUCACGAUUGGAGCAGGAGGGCUGGGCAGAGCCGGGAUUCAACAGCACCGGCUGGCUUGGAGUGCAUGAAGUGCCGUUUCCAAAGGAGAAACUAGCUGCUCCGGAUGCGCCCCCAGUCCGACGGGUCGAAGAACACAAGCUUCAAAAUGUUUUUCUCAGCGCUUCGGGCAAGACAGUCCUGGACUUCGGUCAGAACCUGGUCGGGUGGCUGCGGAUCCGUGUGAAGGGUCCCAGGGGUCAGACCAUCAAGUUCCUCCAUACCGAGGUGAUGGAGAACGGCGAGGUCGCAACCCGCCCCCUCAGAGACGCCAAGGCAACCGAUCACUUCACGCUCGCUGGCGACGACGUACAGGAAUGGGAACCCUCUUUCACGUUUCACGGGUUCCGCUAUGUCCAAGUCGAUGGCUGGCCCGAUGAAACCACGCCCCUUGACCAGGACUCAGUCACCGCCGUCGUGGUGCACACCGACAUGGAGAGAACGGGAUUCUUCGAAUGCUCGAAUCCGCUCAUCAGCAAACUCCACGAGAACAUCCUCUGGAGCAUGCGGGGAAACUUCCUGAGCAUCCCCACGGACUGUCCGCAGCGAGACGAACGGCUCGGCUGGACCGGCGACAUCAACGCCUUCUCCCGCACGGCCAACUUCCUCUACGACACCGCCGGCUUUCUACGAGGCUGGCUCAAGGAUGCCUACUCCGAGCAGCAGAACAACUCCUACGCACCUCCCUACGUGAUCCCCAACAUCCUCGGCCAGGCCCCUCCCGCCUCGAUCUGGGGCGACAGCAUCAUCGCCGUCCCCUGGCAACUCUACCAAACCUACGGCGACAAAGUCAUGCUCCGCGAGCAAUACCCCGGCGCCCAAGACUGGAUCGACAAAGGCGUCUCCCGCAACGAGGUCGGUCUCUGGAACCGCUCCACCUCGCAAUUCGGCGACUGGCUCGACCCCAAAGCCCCCGCCGAUUCCCCCGGCGAUGCCACCACCAACAAAUACCUCGUCUCCGACGCCUACCUCAUCCACAGCACCGACCUCCUCGCCAACAUGUCCGCCAUCCUCUCCCUCGACGCCCAAGUCACCACCUACACCCACGCCCACACCACCCUCACCCACGCCUUCCAACACGCCUGGCUCUCCCCCAACGGCACCGUCGCCAACGAAACCCAAACCGGCCUCGCCCUCCCCCUCUCCUUCUCCCUCUUCCCCACCCCGUCCCAAGCCGCCUCCGCCCUCACCCGCCUCGUCGCCCUCAUCCACGCCAACGCCUACAAAGUCGGCACCGGUUUCGCCGGUACCCACCUCCUCGGCCACACCCUCUCCCAAUACGGCGCCUCCGCCACCUUCUACCGCAUGCUCCUGCAACCCGACCUCCCCUCCUGGCUCUACCAGGUCCGCAUGAACGGCACCACCACCUGGGAACGCUGGGACAGCAUGCUCCCCAACGGCACCGUCAACUCCGGCACCAUGACCUCCUUCAAUCACUACUCCGUCGGCUCCGUCGGCAGUUGGAUCCAUGCCGUCAUCGGUGGCUUGACCCCCGCGGAACCCGGAUGGCGGGCAUUCAACGUGGCCGUGGUGCCCGGCGGCGGGCUCUGGAAUGCCUCGACUCGGUUCGUGAGUCCGUAUGGGGAGAUCGUGUCGAAGUGGUGGGUGGAGGAUCAUGAGUCGGGCACGAGUCCGUGCAGUCCUGCCGCGACGAGUGCCCGGUUUCGGCUGGUCGUGCAGGUCCCGCCGAAUUCGUUUGCCACGGUGCGGUUGCCGGGUGAGACUGGGGACAGGAAGAGGGUUGGGUCGGGGAUUCAUGAGUUUGAAGUGCCAUGUUUGGCCCUGGACUAA